AUGGCGGGUGUCCACCGCGCCGCCGCCGUUGCCAUCCCUUCCUCCUCCGUCACACCGACAACCUCCGCUUCUCCAAUCCCCGGUAAAUCAUUCGUCUUAGUUUCUUCUCUUUCCUCAUCGUUUCCGUCAAGACGAAGAAGAACCAACCAUCUACGUCAAAAGAUUCUCAAAACCCUAGAAAACAAACCUUAUCCCGACCCUUCUAAUCCCGAUUUUCCCCGAAAACUCCCGACAACUUCCAUAGACGAAACGGUGCAACAGCAGCUUGCUGAAGCCGACCAACUUUCAGUAUCGGAAACCACUGGAUUUGUCGAUGGCAUUGUGGCCCAGUUUUCACCUAGGUCAUUCGUUAAAAUCGGGUUCUUUCUGGUUGGGGCUUUCAUUUUGCAGACGAUUUGCGCGGUAAUGAUAUUUGGAUCAAAUGAUUUAGAGGGUGAAGAUGGAAAUUUGAAUGGUGACGAUUUCAAGCAACCUAGGGUUCUAGAUAGAACCAAUGAAUCGAAAUCAAAUUCAUUGUUGAGCAAGAAUCGAAAUUUAAUCGAGACCAAAGAUGGUGGGAUGGUUUUGGUUGAUGAGUCCGAAAUGGAUAACAAGAUUACUGAAAUUAAAGAAAUGGCAAGGGAAGCUCGAAAUCUGGAGGCAAAGAAAAAAGGGUUAGUGGAAGAAGGAGAUGAUGAUAUUGAUUAUGAUUUAAUUGAUAAAAAACUUAAGGAGAAAGAGGUGGAUGGUCGAUUAAUGAAGUUGCGAAAAAGUUUAGAAGGUAAUUACGAGAAGUUGCCCCCUAAGUUUCCAACCAAAGAAAGUGAUAUUAGGAACAAUGGUGAAAAGGGUACUUCGGCUGCAGAAGAAGCAUUUGGUUCAUUGAUGUUCAAAAAGAAGUAUAAAUACAAAAGCCCAUCGAUUGAUUCAGGGGAUAAACCAAAGGGAUUUCAUGGAGAAGAUCAUAAUGUUGCUAAUGGAACAUUGAUCAAUGGUAUUAGUAGUGAUAAUGGGGUUGAUAUAUCAGAUAGCAAUGAGCAGAUAGAUGUCCCAAAUGGUGAGGGAUCGGAAAUUAAAGUGCAAAAACCAAUAGAUGAAUCUAUACCCUUCAGUGAGCCAGAAAAUAAGUCGGUGGAGAGGAGUGAAAGAGCAGAACCAAGAGUAUCUAAGACUGAAUCGAUAGCUGGUUCCUCAAAGGAGCCAAAAUAUGAUAAGCAAGCAGGUAGAGCCGCAAAGUACGGGAAAUCAAGCAACCUGGAAGCAAGGAAACCUCGAGGCUUUGGUAAAGAAAGUCAGAGCGAUAAUGCAACAUCUUCCAAGCACAAUGGCAGUUUAAAGGGCAAAAAAGGUGGAAACGGGAAAUCUGCCAAACAUCUUGGGGAUAUGAAAUCUAGUACCCAGACCGACUUUUGGUGGACUAGUCUCCCUUAUGUUCUGGCUGUCCUCAUGCAAAGAGGUGGUGAUGGUGAAGAAUCGGAAGGACUAUUUACUUUAAGAAGCACUCUUGAAACUAAGAGCGGGUUAUCUCACACUGUUGCUUUUGAAGAUCGUGGUGAUGCUACAAACUUCAGUUAUCUUCUGGAAUCCUUCUUCGAAGAUCUUGGUGACUUCAGUACCAGCAUCAUACCAAUACCAACAAAUGAGCUUAAAGAGGCAAUCAAAUCACAGAUCAUGAAAGUAGUUGUGGUGAAGAAAGGACAACUGCAGCUUUACAUUGGUCAACCACUUACGGAUGUCGAGUCAGCAUUGCGUAAAUUGAUUGAAGAAAAUGACAGACUCUAAAUAACACGUCGACAUGUGAUGUGGCCUAUUUGUUCAAUUUUUUGUUCUGUUUUCAAGAUUUUGGGAGAAUUUCCCAUUGAAAUGCCAUUUGUAAUCUUUAUGUUAUAUUGCAUAUGCUUGUACUGUACAAAUGGUUUCAAAUCAAAGUAGUUUUCAGCAACCCUCUUCAUGUU